CAGACGGGCAUUUCCCACAUUUCAAAUCAAAUUGCGAGGAAUGGAUCCGUCUUCCGAUUAUAUACUUAUGAUGGACUUCAUGCCAGUCGAUGACAAACGCUAUAGAUAUGCCUUUCAUAGUUCUAGUUGGGUAGUGGCCGGAAAGGGAGACCCGAGUACUCCGCCCCGAAUCCAUGUGCACCCGGACUCACCGGCAAAGGGCUGCCAUUGGAUGAAACAAGUGGUGUCUUUCGAUAAGGUUAAGCUAACCAAUAACCAACUCGACGAUAACGGACACAUAAUCUUAAACUCAAUGCAUAGAUAUCAGCCCCGAUUCCAUGUGUUGUAUGUCGUCCCCAAAGAUGAAGACAUGAAUCGGACCGAGAAUUUCAAGACAUUUAUAUUCUCGGAAACAAAGUUUACGGCCGUUACUGCCUAUCAGAACCAUAGAAUAACUCAACUGAAAAUAGCGUCCAACCCUUUCGCGAAAGGAUUCAGAGAUUGUGAUUUGGAUGACUGGAAUGGCUUGCCUGCGCCCACACAUCCCACAAAUAGCCAUUUAUUUGACUCGUGGUCGACACCAACUUGCAAUCAACAGCAAUACCGUACCAAUGGAUCAACAUUUUCGCAUAUAAUGCAAAAAUAGUUACAAUUCUUGCC